AUGCAACAAUAACACUAAAAACAUGUUGAAUCUUUAAUAUUAUUUGAAUAAACUUCCUCAUGGAUUAAAACCAGAAUGAAUUCAAUAUCAGAAAUAAAGAAAUUUAUCAAAAUGAGCUUAGACUUAUUUCACAUCCUACAAUUUGUUAAUAAUUUUUAAGAAAAGGAAAUCAAUUAAGAGUAUAUGGAAAAAUUAGGAACUUCUUAGUUAAAUAUGCUUGCAAAUGAUUUAACUAAAAUAGAUCACUUAUUAUAAUUCCCUAAUUGGAAUGAGGCAAAUAAAUAACUUUUUUAAAUCUUUAAUUUUUGUUAAACCACGAAAAAUAUUCAUCAAAGAGAUUCAAUUAAAUAUAAAGGUUAAAUUGAAUAAGGAAUUGUAUAAUAAUAAUAUUAAUAUUAAUAUUAAUAUUAAUAAUAAUAAUAAUAAUAGUAAUAAUUAUUAUAAAACGAUGGCUUUAAAUAAUAAGAGUUUCCUUAAGAAUUUUAAGCUGAAAUUUGGUCUGGUACUAGAUUCAUAAGAACUAAACUGUUAAUCAACUUAAAAAAUAAUAACGAAAUUCAAUACAUUCAUGAUGGAUCCAUAAUAAGAAGGUAGUAAUAUUUAUCUUUAAAUGAAAAUAGCGAUUAAGUAAAAGAUGCUUCCAUAAGGCCAGAAAUAUUAACUAACUUAGAAUAGAUUUAUUAUUUAUAAUGGAAAGGCGAGUUUGGAAAUAAUAAGAAGAUAGGAAGAUGGAUAGCUACAUGGAUGGGUAACACUUUGAAUGGUGUAGGUGGUUAAUACACUAAUGAUGGAAAAAAACAUGGCAAAUGGAAAGAAUUAGUUUAGAAUUAUUAGAAGUUAGCUUAAUUUAAUAAUAAAAUAGGGAAGCCCAAGUUUAUGAAGAAGGUGAGCAUGAUAAUGGCUUACGAAUAGGAGAUUGGAAAUAUAAUUAUAAGGAUGAAAUAAUGUAAAAAUAUAUGUAUUAAGUUUAGUAAUGGUGGUAUUUAUAAUUAUAAAGGUGAGAAGGAUGGAUAAUGGACUGAAUUGAGUAAAAAAUUUUGGGAUAAAUCUUAAAUAAUUUAUAAUGGUGAAUAUAAAGAUGGAAAAAAAGUAGGUAGAUGGGUGAUAAAAUAUGAAGGAGUAGAGAUGUAACAUUAAAAUAUAAAAUAUAAGUGGUGGUGGACAAUAUUAGGAUUAUCAUCCUUAAAAUAAUUUGUUUGGCGAAUAUGAUUAUUAAUCAAUCUUGUAGUAAAAUUCCUAAGUCUAAUAAUUACCUUCUUCUGCAAACAUUAAGGUCGACGAUAUUGCAAAUUCAAAUAAAUUUGGGAAAUGGAUUGAAUUGAGCAAUGGAUUUUAUAGCAAUUCGUAAGUCUCAUGUGAGGGUCAAUAUAGAAAUGGUAAGAAAAAUGGAAGAUUGGAUAUUUGGUGGAAGAAAAACUAUGAUGAUAAAAUAAAAGUUUAGAUGUAAUUAUUAUAAUACUUUUUUAGUGGUGGUGGAUCAUAUGAUGAAGAACAUUCUUUUAAGAUAGGAAAAUGGGUUGAAUUGAGCGAAGGAUUCUGGGAUAAUUCUUAAGUUAUUUUGAAAGGGGAAUAUAAAAAUGGUAAAAAAAUAGAUUUGUGGACUAUCGAAGCAUUUGGAAAAUCAAUGUAAAACUAUAUUAAUAUUUACAAAAUUUAGUGGAGGUGGAUCAUAUGAUAAAGAUGAUUCUAUUAAAAUUGGAAACUGGAUAGAGUUAUGUGAUGGAUUUUAUGGUGCUGCAGAAAUAAUUUAUAAAGGCUAAUAUUUAAGUGGUAAAAAAGUAGGGAAGUGGGAUAUUUGUUAUCGAUAGCAUGAAAACCAAACUUUUAUGAAAAUGUAAAAAUAUUAAUAAAUCAAAUUUUUAGCGGUGGUGGAUUAUAUGAUGAAAUUACAUCAGUUAAAAUAGGAGAUUGGAUUGAAUUAAGUGAUGGAUUCUGGGAUAGAUCUUAGGUCACAUUUAAUGGAGGAUAUAAACAUGGUAAGAAGGUUGGUAGAUGGAGUAGUUAUUUGAAGAAGAAUUAUGGGGAUUUAAAAAAUGUGCAAAUGUAAAAUUAGAAACCACAUUAUAUCAAAUUUUAGUGGUGGUGGAUCUUACAAUGAAUAGAAAUCUCUGAAGGUAGGAGAAUGGAUUGAUGUGAAAGAUGAGUUUAAUGCUUUCUAAUAACUCGUUUAUAAAGGUGAAUAUAAAGAAGGUAAAAAGAUUGGAACUUGCAUGGAAAUAGAAAUUAGAAAAAAUUAAACGCGGGGCAUAGUGAAUUAUGAUAUAUGA